AUGCAUCUGUCAUAUUAUUUGGUAGUGCUCGUUUUGCCGUUGUACAUCGCUCAAGUUACGGUGUCAAAUGAAAACGAUCAGCCAGUACAACUAGGAUUAAGAAAUGAUGGCAAAAUAAGAACCAUAGCUAAUGGUAGUAAAACAAACAAGAAAUGGUUUAAAUAUAUCGAAUGUGGUAAGGAAUUUAGUUGUGCAGGCAAUCUGAAGCGCCCUAAGGUGAUGAUGCAUACCGAAGAUGAUGAUGCAUACAAAUGUAAGAUAUGUAGUAAAGUAUUCAAUGCGCCUUCAAUUCUGACGAGACAUAACUUAGUCCACGAGGAAAAACGACCAUUCAAAUGCAACACGUGCGAUAAAGGUUUCAAAUAUCGCUACUGUCUGAGUGCUCACAUGGUGACACAUACGGACGAGAAGACACAGAAAUGCAAUGUAUGCGGUAAAGAAUUCAAACACAUAAGAAGUCUGCAGAGACACAAAUUCACGCACGGAAACGUACGAUUCCAAUGCAAAGAAUGUGGUAGGAAUUUCACUCAGAAAAUAAGGAACUGUGGUAAACGAUUAGACGAAAUUGAUAAUGAAGAGAACAAGGCUGGCAUGAUGGAUUUAAACAAUAUAUGA